UAAAUUCAUUAAAUUUUAUAAAAAAAAUGUAAUUUUAUCACACAAACUUUAUAAUAAAUGCAUAGUUUCUUAGUAUUUGCGAAUGUUAUAAAUUUAACUAUUUAAAAAUGAUAGUACGGAUAUUUACAUACCGUACAGUUAAAGGAUAAUGGAUGAUUCAAUUUCCAUAAAAAACGAUUCCGAAAAAUUGAACACAGAUUUUAAUUUAUUUUUCACGGUCGAAAACUGUUCUUUUCCGAGCGCAUCAAAACACAAAAGUACUGUAAUCAAAUACACAAAACUGCCUAAUUUCGAAUCUGAAGAACAAUGCUCCCAUCUGAAUUCAUUACAUCCACGAUUUCGUCGAAUUGUUACACUUGAGGAUCAACCAGUUCCAACAACUAGGUCAUUAAAGCAAAACUUAGUAACCCCUGUGAACAUGUCUAACAGUUAUCCAAAACGGAAGAUUAAAAUUAUAAAUAUAGGACAUGAGGAGGAAACAAAUAGUUUCUCAAAUAUUGCGAAAGAUGUUAAGAAGUCAGCGACUCCUAAAACAUCCAACAGGCUUUUAGGAGCUGAUUGUGUUGAUCCAAAGUCAGAAAAACAAGACUUGCUUAGUACAGAUUCAAGAUUAAAGAGAACCAAAAAGUAUUCAGAAGAAUUGAGACAACAAUUAGCAAAGAAUAGAGAGUUAAGUAAAGGAAAUGAUUCAGUAAAAGUCAAUAUUAAUAAAAGCAAGCAGUUUGAUAACAAACACAUAAAAAAUGACAUGGACAAAAAGGGAUUGAUUAAAGAAAAAGAUAUACAAAGCAAAAAUAAGAAUAUUAGCAAAUAUUCUAAAAAUAGUUUAAGUAAAAAUAUAAUUAUCUCUGUUGAAAAUGAAAAGGAAGCACAGUCUAUUAAAGAAACUUUGUACAAUGAAUUAGAUAAAGGAAAUAAUCCAGAAAAUAAAAACAAUUUGAAGAAAUUUCAACACCAACAUAACAAAUUACAGCCAGCAAGUUCUGUAAAUACAAAUAAAAAACAACCAACCAACACACCAUAUGAGAAAAUACAAAAACCAUCCAAAAAAGAUGAAAGCUUCAUCCAAAAAAGAUCAAUGAAUGCUUCGAAACAUGUAUCAGUAGAAACAGACCCACCACCAAUUCUGACAGAUCAAAUUACACAAAUUGAUAAUCAUUUUGAUACCCUACUUGUGAGAAUGGAAGAUAAGAAUACAGAAACAGAUGUAAUUAAUGAGAAAUUUGAUAGUCUUCACAUACCUGAUGUUGCACUAACAAAGGAAAUAAAGGAUUCGACUGCAGAGGAAGUAGUUAAUUUCUAUAAUACAUCAUUACCAAAUCUCAAGACACCGAGCACUGAUAUUUUUGCAAUUAAAAGUGAUAAAAAUGUCAGUGAUUCUCACAUCAAAAGUUCAUCUUAUAUAAUUGGACGGGCAACAGUUACAUACACAAGAGAACAAAAAAUUGACAUUCAUGUUGUUAACAAAGAAGAAAUACACAAUAAUCUGUCUCCGACUUUAGCUUAUCCUUUGAAUGUAAUAUCAGUUUAUAAAAAGGAAAUCAAAAAUAAGCAAUCUGAUGAUUUGCUAGUAAAAUCGAAAAAGAAAAAUAAAUCCCGUUUGAAUUCUAAAUACACAAAUGAUGUAAAAUUUGAUAGUAAGACAAAUAUCUCUGUCAACAAUAAAUUGAUGAAACCAUCGGAUAUAUUAAGUACAAUAAGGCUUAAUAAUAGUUUUUUACGAAGCGAAUUUAUAUGCGAACAAUUCCAAAGGGAACUCAAUUUUAUUGAUUCAUUCUUUGAAUCUCUGAAUUAUUUAGAAAAAUUGUCUGAAAAGUACUUUGCUGAUAUGAACACAAGUUUGACACGCAAUAAACAAUUUGAAGUUAAUGAUUCUGGUUAUAUGUGCAAUUUAACAAAGAUUGCAGAUAGUUCAAAUGUUGAUGAUAAUGAAACAAUGGCUUCAAAGAGUCUUUGUCAGCUUAAUUUACUCAUUCACAAUGAGCAAAGAAGAGCGAGAGAUUUCUUGUUUGUGUUGAAGAUGCAAGAAGAUGUUCUAAAGGAUUACAUCAAAUCUCAAAUGCUUUGGUUAGAAAAGAAGAAAAAGCAAGACAACAUAGAUAUAUCAGCUCUGAAGAAAAAGCAGCGUGGUGCAUUGCUCAAACUGCAGCACGAAUGUGGUGAAAUGCAAAGGAUGCGAAAAGCCUUACUAACACUAUCAGAGAAACGAAAGGUUGCGCUCAUGAAGACUAAGAAAAACAUUGAAAUGAAAUUAACCAACAAUGUGGAUGUUAAACAAAUAAUUCUUGGUAAAAAAAAGUUAAAGCGGAAUUCUUCUUCAGAUCGCGCUGUGGCACCAGUGAAGUGUUUCGAUCUCUCCAGUAGUGGAUGUGAAGAUUCUACUACUUCUAAGGAACUUUCAGAAAGUGCUUGGUACACUACGUUAACUGCGGACAACCCACUUAAUCUUGAUGUGAAAAGUGCUACAAGUGCGGAGAAGAGCAUACAAACUGGCGACAGUAUCUUAGCAGCUGAUUUACCUGCACAAUUGAUUGUCACUACAGCUGAAAACUGCAUAGCUGUUGAUGGUGGCUAUUUAAAUAUUCUAUUUCAUAAUUUGUCACUACCGCAAAUAUUCAGCAAUGGUAAACAAUAUGAAGUCAAUGAGGAAGCUUUAAAGAACAUAGUCAAUUCAUCAAACUCACAUAAUAAUUUGUCAAAAGACUCGGAAGCAUUUGAAAAGUUCAUGGAACAAAUAAAAAAUCCUGAUACUGACGAAAGUUCAGGAUCCACUGCUCAUAGCUUGGUUGAAGAAUUCGAUCAUUAUUACAAGUGUCUUGGUGAUGAAGAUAAGUCACUUACAAAUUCACCUGAAUAUGACAAUGAAUGUGUACAUAAUGACGGUGAAGUACAAUCUAGUAGUGAGGCGAAUAGUGAUGUUUGUGAUCAUAGCAGUGUAACAAUGAUAACAAUGGAAAGUGAUGAAAGUUUGGUGAAGAGAUUGAGUAAUGUGUACGGACUUGAUAGUACAUACAAAUAUGAGCCUGCAAUGUUGUCUGUUGAGAUACAGACAAAUAGUAAGGAGAUUGUUGGUGUCAGUGUUGCGGGGCCAUUGCCAGUGCCUGCAGGUGCCGCUGCUCCAGUUGAUGACCAACCUCCUGAUACACCGGUUUGGCUGUCUUCAAAUAUAUCUGUUGAGAAAGAGAGUUCCAGCAACGAUCAAGUAUUUUCUUCAAACAUGUCAUCCACAUCACAGUAUGCAUCACCAGUUCUCUGUGAGGCUGAAGAGUUGAGGAGACAACAGUUAGCCAUUGAGAGAGAGAUAAAGGCUUUGGAACAACAACAGUGUCAAUUGUUAGUUGUUCGUGAAAUACCUGACAAGCCACCACCACCUUACAUUCCACCAAGCGAAGUUCGAAUGCCAAAACCACCGAAAAUGUUCCUACCAGAUAGUAUAUCUGAAGAUAAGAUACAAUAUUGUAUGGACACAAGAAAUGAAUUGUUGGACAUAAACGAUCCAUUUGAUGCUUUCUUUAAUGAUUUUUGUGAGGAAAGUGAAGUAAGACAACAUAUCGAGAGGAGCGAUAAACCAUGGGAUGCUUGCAAUUUGUUGCCACAGAAACCGCAGCCGGAUACAAAGAAGAUAGUCAGUAAAACUUGUACGGAACUGAAGGAAGUUCUGUCUGGUGCAACACCUUCUUUUGUCUCAGCAGGUAUUAGUUCAAGACGUACAGACCACAUUGACGAUAUAUUGUUUGCUGAAUGGAGACGUUGUGAACCGGAGUGGACAUCUCUUCACACAGAAGAAGCUUCUGUCAAGAACCAAUUAUUUGAGAGUAUAUUCAACAAACUAAUCAAUGAAACAGUAGAUGAAUAUAAGAAAACAGUUUGCACAGAUAGUGAAGAAAAGAAGUAGUUUUGUAGUUGUUAACUAAAUGAAUUUUACUUAUUCUAUACUAUGUCCGAUUGACAUCGAAUUAAAUCGAUUAAUUUAUUACUUAAAAAUCGAUUAAGCCGUUUUGGCUAUAUACCAUCGAAAAGUAUCACAGUACUUUUUGUUGGAGAAAAAUUAACUUCAUGAGCUAAUGAAGAUUUUGCUAAAUAUUGUUAUUGUUAAUAGAGGCUGAGAAAAUCUGUUGGAUUUAUGAUAGUUGAAGUUGAUGUGUUGUAGGAAAUAUAUAGAUGCUAAAUGUUAUGAAAUGAUCUUGCAUGUUAGUUUUUAGAGAUUAUGUGCUCUGGACAGAGAUGUAGUCUGUUCUUGAUAACUCUAGUUGCAACCUUGAAUAUAGAACUAUUUGUAAUUAUGUUAAAAAGGCGGAUGUAAUUAUGGUGAAUAAUCUAAUAUUUUUGACAAAGGUAUUCAUAAAAUAUUAUUGGAUAUUAUCAAAGUUUAUGACAAACACAAUUUUUUUUACAAUAAUAUAAUGUGAGAAAUUUAUAACCGAUAAGCCCAUAGACUUUGAUGAAUUGUUGUUGCAUUACCUACUUUAAAUGGAGAUGGGGAUGUAUAGAAAGAGGAAUUUCCCUUUCCUUUCCUGAUGAGUCCACUUCCCACUACCUUGCUUGUUUAAUACCGUUAAUAAUUGUUGUCAUGUAGAAUUAUUAUUUUUACUGUUGCCAAUGUAUUGCAGUUAUCGUAUUUUGAUUAUUAAUAAGUGUACCACGUGACUGAAUUUUGCACAUGUACCAAUUUAAGCUGGUCUUAUAUACACAUUAUAUUCUGUAACUCUUUCAUUGUUAAUGUAAAUAAAUUUUAGUCAAAUUUAACAUAUGUUAGUAUUAGGUUGUUUCAAAGCUUAGAGGAAUGACUUUUAUCUGUUAUCCGUUAGAAAUAGUUGUUUAAAAUGUCGUAAACGAAUAUCACACUUUUACUAGUAAUGUAGUCAAGUAGAAAAAUAUACAUUAGAAAUGCAAAAAACAUUUUUUUUUUGCAAAUUAUACAACAUAUGUAAACAAAAGUAUAUUCUCAAUAAACAGUAGAAGGAAA